AUGGAAGAAGCUCGUCAAGGGAAGAAAAUGCAACCUCUUUUGCUUACAGGUAAUGAUGAAGAAGCUGUUGUGGAUAUGGGCAAAAUCAGCUCUACUAUCAAUACAAAUUUUGAGAAAGAAGAACUAGAGAGCCACAGAGCUGUGUAUAUUGGAGUUCAYGUCCCACUUGGAAAGCCAGGCCGUCGACGGCAUAGACAUCGUGGGCACAGGCACCAUAGAAGAAAAAAAGAAAAAGAAAAUGAUCGAGAGGAUGGCCGAGAAUCUCCAUCAUAUGACACACCAUCCCAACGAGUGCAGUUUAUCUUGGGUACUGAAGAUGAUGAUGAACACAUUCCUCAUGAUCUCUUCACUGAAAUGGAUGAACUUUGCUUCAGGGAUGGAGAAGAAUAUGAAUGGAGAGAAACUGCUAGGUGGCUGAAGUUUGAAGAGGAUGUUGAAGAYGGUGGUGAUCGAUGGAGCAAGCCUUAUGUAGCAACUCUGUCUCUGCACAGUCUCUUYGAACUGCGGAGCUGCAUUCUUAAUGGGACGGUCAUGUUGGACAUGAGAGCAAACACACUUGAUGAGAUAGCAGAUAUGGUUUUGGACAGCAUGAUUGCCUCUGGCCAGCUGGAUGAAUCCAUACGAGAGAAUGUGAGAGAGGCUCUUCUGAAGAGGCACCAUCAUCAGAAUGAGAAAAAAUUCAGCAGUCGGAUUCCUCUGGUUCGGUCUUUCGCAGAUAUAGGCAAGAAACAUUCUGACCCUCACUUGCUUGAACGAAAUGGGGAAGGCCUUUCAGCCUCCCGCCACUCUUUGCGAACAGGUCUCUCUGCCUCAAAUCUUUCCCUGAGAGGAGACAACCGUUUGUCAGUUCUUCUCAGUUACCUYCUUCCUUCUUCGAGAGCUGGGACCCCGGCAGCCUCAAGGUGUACAACCCCCGUAACUACCCCUCAAAACACACCACCCUCCAGCCCUACCUGCAGUGUCCCGCCAAGCUCAUGGGUCCAGCCAAGUCCACUUCAGGGCAAGGAAUUGCUGGUGUCAUCUGCCAGUGAUGAUAUUCCUUCAGUAGUAAUCCACCCACCUGAGGAGGACUUAGAAGUGCAGGAAAGCCAGGAAAAGAAGACAGAGGAAAAUAUUGGCAAAACACCAGGGCUUUUGGCAUCUCCACAGUCAGCACCUGGAARUUUAGACACUGGGAAAAGUGGAGAUGUUAAAGGUACUGGGACAGGAGGAAGCAGAGAAAACAGCACUGUUGAUUUUAGUAAGGUUGAUAUGAACUUCAUGAGGAAAAUUCCUUCAGGAGCAGAAGCAUCAAAUGUGUUAGUGGGAGAAGUAGAUUUUUUAGAAAGACCUAUUAUUGCUUUUGUGAGGCUCUCCCCUGCUGUGCUUCUCUCGGGUCUCACAGAGGUUCCGGUUCCUACACGGUUUUUGUUUUUGUUGCUGGGACCAGCAGGAAAAGCUCCWCAGUACCAUGAAAUUGGACGAUCAAUAGCAACACUUAUGACAGAUGAUGUGUUCCAUGAUGUUGCCUAUAAAGCAAAAGACCGAAAUGAUUUGUUGUCAGGAAUUGAUGAGUUUUUAGACCAAGUGACAGUCCUGCCUCCAGGGGAGUGGGAUCCAUCUAUACGAAUUGAGCCACCAAAAAGCGUUCCUUCCCAGGAGAAAAGGAAGGCACCUAAAUUUCCAAAUGGAUCUACUCCUACAGGAGAGGGUCUUAAAGAAGAAGGCCAUCAUGCUGGACCUGAACUUCAGAGAACUGGAAGGCUUUUUGGUGGUUUGAUACUUGACAUCAAAAGGAAAGCACCUUUUUUCUUGAGUGACUUCAAGGAUGCAUUAAGCCUGCAGUGCCUGGCCUCGAUUCUUUUCCUAUACUGUGCCUGUAUGUCUCCUGUAAUCACUUUUGGAGGGCUCCUGGGAGAAGCUACACAAGGCAGAAUAAGUGCAAUAGAGUCUCUCUUUGGAGCCUCAUUAACUGGGAUUGCCUAUUCUCUCUUUGCUGGGCAACCUCUUACUAUCUUGGGAAGCACCGGACCAGUUCUAGUGUUUGAGAAAAUACUAUUUAAAUUUUGCAGGGAUUACGGUCUUUCCUACCUCUCUCUGCGAACUAGCAUUGGUCUGUGGACUUCAUUUCUAUGCAUUGUGCUUGUAGCCACAGAUGCCAGCAGCCUCGUGUGCUACAUCACUCGAUUUACUGAGGAAGCUUUUGCAGCGCUUAUAUGCAUCAUAUUUAUUUAUGAGGCAUUGGAAAAGCUUUUUCAUUUGGGAGAAGUGUAUGCCUUCAAUAUGCACAAUGAUUUGGAUAAACUGACUUCAUAUUCAUGUGUGUGUUCUGAGCCUGAGAAACCAAGCAACGAAACAUUGCGGUUGUGGAGGGCUCUAAAUAAGUCUAGGGAAGAUAUAGCAUGGAAUAACCUUACAGUUUCUGAAUGUAUAGAACAUCAUGGUGUGUUUCAUGGAUCAGCUUGUGGUCAUCAUGGACCGUAUGUUCCAGAUGUUCUCUUCUGGUCAGUCAUACUAUUCUUUGCAACGUUUUUCCUCUCUUCUUUCCUUAAGAAAUUCAAGACCAAACGCUAUUUCCCAACAAAGGUGCGUUCUACCAUCAGUGACUUUGCAGUAUUUCUGACCAUAGUAAUCAUGGUUACGAUUGACUAUCUUGUAGGAGUACCUUCUCCUAAGCUUCUUGUUCCAGAGAAAUUUGAACCCACCCGAAAAGACCGAGGAUGGUUCAUAGAUCCUCUUGGAAGCAAUCCUUGGUGGACACUCUUGAUUGCUCUUCUUCCUGCUUUACUCUGUACCAUUCUCAUUUUCAUGGAUCAACAAAUAACAGCUGUUAUUAUAAACAGGAAAGAGCAUAAACUGAAGAAAGGCUGUGGUUAUCAUCUUGAUCUGCUCAUGGUUGGUAUUAUGUUGGGAAUAUGUUCUCUCAUGGGCUUACCAUGGUUUGUUGCUGCAACUGUCCUGUCUAUAAGUCAUGUUAACAGCCUGAAAGUUGAAUCAGAAUGCUCAGCACCAGGAGAACAACCAAAGUUUUUGGGAAUCCGGGAGCAGCGAGUGACAGGAUUGAUGAUUUUUGUGCUGAUGGGCAUGUCMGUGUCCAUGACUUCUGUGUUAAAGUUUAUUCCAAUGCCAGUUUUGUAUGGUGUCUUUCUUUACAUGGGAGUAUCUUCAUUAAAAGGCAUUCAGUUUUUUGACCGUAUAAAACUGUUUGGAAUGCCUGCCAAACAUCAACCUGACCUGAUUUAUCUACGUUAUGUGCCGCUCUGGAAGGUCCAUAUCUUUACAGUUGUUCAGCUUACUUGUCUAGUUUUGUUGUGGGUGAUUAAAGCCUCUGCAGCUGCUGUUGUUUUCCCUAUGAUGGUUCUAGCAUUAGUUUUCAUUCGCAAGCUCUUGGAUUUAUGUUUCACCAAAAGAGAGCUUAGCUGGCUUGAUGAUCUUAUGCCAGAAAGUAAAAAGAAGAAAGAAGAUGACAAAAAGUUAAAAGAGAAAGAAGAAGCAGAGAGAAUGUUUUCAGACAAUGAUAGCGUACACCUUGCAUAUGGAGAAGCAAAUUUGGAUUUUCCUGUAAAAACCCUGAAAUACAGCAUUGAUCCCUCAGUUGUAAACAUAUCAGACGAAAUGGCCAAAACUGCACAGUGGAAGGCUCUUGCCAUGAAUACUGAGAAUGCCAAAGUAACCAGAGCUAACCUGAGCCCUGAAAAACCAGAAAGUGUGAAAAUAGAAGUGGAAAACACACAUGUUGUGAGAUAYGUGGAUGCUGAAACAUCUUUAUAGAACGGAACCAAUGGGAAUUGCUGUAUUUGUGUGUGUAUAUAUAUCACUGUAGGAUAGUGUACCAUGGAAGUGUGAUUUCCAGUUUAAGAAGCAACAUAUAUUUAAAUUCUGCCGUUGUUUAGGGCACUGUAGAUAUGCUUGCAUAAUGURAAGAUUUUCCCAGCAAAUAAGAUGAGUGGUAAUCACACUUCAGCUAUUUAUUUUAUUGGUAAUUUUAUUUUCAUUUUUAAAUAGGARGACUGUAAUGAACGCUUAUUAUUUUCAAUUAUCAAUAUGUGCAUAAAAGUURCAUCAGCUUUUGCUGAUAAUUACUGGUCCACAUUGCUUAAAAUUUUGCAAUACCUCUGUUUAUAUGCGCUACAGAAGUUUUGUUUUCCAUGCAGGCAAUUAGUGCUUGUUUUUGCAGGGUAUACUUUUUCUGUGGUUUCAUAGAACAAAUAUUAAUGUGCUGUUGACAAGAACUACUGUGUUUUAUGUCUCCACUCCAUGCUAGUGUUUUCUAGGUUCUGUCUCUCCUAUUCUACAGAAGUGUCCAAGAGCCCUAAGUCAGGUGGUUAGUUAAGCCUUAAAAUGUAUCUAAAUACCCUGGUGUGCUGCUUUCUUUCUUUUUUUGAAUUCUCUUGGGUUUUCAUUAUUGUCCAGUAGUAGUAUGAGUGUAGCAAUGGUAGUUACAGUCCCAAGUCAGUAUUUACCAUUCUGGWCACUCCGUGUUUACACAGUAUACAUUGGAUUUACAAGCAGCAAUUGGUCUAUAGGAAGUUAUAAAUACCACAUCAGUACUCUUGAAUGAUUUUCUUCCUCUUUUUGCUUACAUUUUUUUCCAUCAACUUUCAGAGGCAGAUUUACUCAGCUCUAAGAUUUUAAAGUAUUUCAUAUCUUCAAAUAUAUUUCUYGGUUAAUAAAUUUUUUAAUUUACUGUGUAGUUGAUUACAUUAGCUGUAGUUCCAUUCUGGAAUAGGCUUAUGAUCAGUAUUAUUUGAUGGAUUACUAAUUGCUUGUGGUAUUUGUAUGUACAGUUCUGAUCCUCUCUGUUGUAAAGGGCAUAUAUAAUAGCACACCAACUUAUUUUUAAACACUUUAUUUAUUAUAAUUAGUAUAAAUUUUUAUCAUGUAAGAUGAAUUGAAAAAAUAAAUAUUCAUUUAUUAAAGUAAAUGGGAUGUUUUGGGGACUCCACUGAUAAAGAUGCAGUCAGUGCAUUUAUUGUACUUACAUUUGCAAGUUCUARUGUUUAGCAUUAUAAUAUUUGAAAUAAUGAGAAUUUUAUAUAUAAAUGAAAUCUUGAUCACUUACCUGCGCAGUUUCCAUUCUUAAUAUUUUUUUUUGCCUUAUGCCUUAGUUUCUAUUUGUUUAAAUUUCCAUUAUUAUCUCUUUACMUUCUGAAUUGCCACUAGCCCUUUCUGAAUGCAUUACAAUGGCUUUAAUUAGAAUCUGUUCUCAUUUAGUAUUAGAAGAUGCUGUUUGCUUAAUUCUGCUUUUGGCAAAGUUGGGAAUUUUACCAUGGACCAAGUGAUAAAAUUCUCAACAAUUACAAAAGGAGCUGAUUCUGGAGGAGGGCAGACUAUCUGAAAAUACCACUUGAAGUGGAAUUUUGGUGCUCUUCAGCCAMGUGUCACCUGUAGAGAAGGUAAUUGUAUAUUACAAAAAUAAAGCAAUCAGUGGGAGUAAAUAGAAACAUUUAAUAAUAGUAUUUACAUAACGUGGACUGUUCCCUUUAAAUGUAAUGCAAUUAUUCAGCUUUUUUUCCUUUCCUUUUUUUCUGAGAAGACAGUUUAAAGAAAGGAAAUCGUAGUGUACAGCAAUAUGAAUAAUGGUAUCCAAACUGUCAUAAAAAAGGCUCAGGUCAGUGGCAAAGCAAGUGAUGUCUGCAUUAGCAGUUCGACCAAUACUGUGUAAUGACCUGCAUUUUUAGAUAAUAGUGUAGCUUGUGCCUUAGUUUGACUUUGUACUCUUUCAGAAUAUARCCCAUGUUUUCCAUCUGAUUAAAUUGGCAUACAGUAAAACUACAGUAGACAGUUUCUCAAAACUUUCUAUGUUAUUUAAAAAAUAGACCCAAAAAGCCAUUUUAAUGUCAAUAGUUGGCUGCUAAGUACGUCUUGCCCUGAAUCAAGGAGGGAAGAGAUAUUUCAAGCAUUUUAUGUAGCAUCAUCCACAACACAGUAAUUUUGUCCUCACAGUGCUAUUAUACGCUUUGUGUUCACAGUCCUGCAACAAUUUCCAAAGACCCMAAAAAAUUGCUAGAAGCCUCAUGGGUUUCUAACUCUUUAAUGCUGGAAAUCAGGGUUCCAUGGUGCUGCGCUCCUUGGCUUCUACUUCAGAAGGGUUAAGUUUUGGUCAAUAUUACAAGAAGUGGGUAUAUUUUGAAUACAGUUGAAAGGAAACAAAACCAAAGCCCCACAAGUCUAAUCACAGUAUUUAUUUAGUUGUGUAGAUAUUUUAAUCAGUGCCAGAAAUACCAUGAUUUGGCAAACCAGUUUACAGUGACCUUUAGUUCCAGUGUUCUUGGGCRAUAGUUACACUUGCUCAUUCUUCCCAUAUGAACAGAAGAUCUGGUAUAUACGAGUGCAUAAAUCCAUUGCUGUUGUAUGGUUAAGUGGUUCACUGCUAAUUUUACACCUUCUCGCUUUAGAAUCACAUGUAGCAUUAAAAUAAAAUGACUAAGGAUGUAGUUUAUUGUAUGUAGAUGCAUGUUUUGCCUUAAUGGAUGCAAAAGAGCAGUGAUAAUUGCUGUGCACUGAUGUUUUUUUUCUUCAUAGGGCUUAAGCCCUGUAAAAACUACGCCAAUGGAUUUCCAUUCCAACAGUUAGAGGAAAAUAAACAACCCUGCACUUUUUAUAGAUGCCUUGGUUUCCUGGAAUGGAGCUUAAUGCUACUGUGUACAUGGCUGCAGAGCCACCUCAGGAAGUCCCUCUUUUUUUUUUUCUUUUUUUUUUCUUAUUUUUCCUUUCUUUUUCUAAGUUAUUUAUAAAUAUGAAUGUUUACAUUAAAUAUAGGUCUUAAUUUUGACCACUCCAUUUAAAUGAUCAUCUAAAAUGUAUCACUUAAAAUGCAGUUUUGUGUUUAAAUUAUAUUCUGGAAAAUUCAACUCUUUCUAUUUUCAUAUAUAUUACA